AUGGACUCUCGGCCCGGCAGCUAUCAGACAAGUGUCUUUCGAGCGCAGCCGACCGAGGGAGUCCAACGAAAGAUCCAAAAGCGCAAUCGUCCUCCUGUAUCUUGUCUACUAUGCCGGACACGCAAGGUGAAAUGUGACCGCCAACAACCCUGUGAGAGGUGCGUUAAAAGUGGCGAGGCCAAUUUUUGCGAAUAUGCGCCUCGUGCCUCUCGCAAGGCUCGCACGGAUUCGCGGCCGCAGGCGGACGUCCGGGCCAGACAUGAGCCUAUGUCUCGCCCCGUUCUGCAGGUCCGUCUCCAGAAACUUGAGGAAAUGGUCAAUAGCCUGGUCUAUACUACGCGCAAUCGAGAGCCUACUCUCGAUACCCCUUCAAGUUCAGACCAGCGAACGGAGACCACUGAGACUCGCUCUGACCUGAGCUCACCACCGAGUUUGGCGGCGUCCGGAUCGGGAGGCCCGCUUCUCCCUACUACGCUUGGUGAGCAUAGUUAUGUCGGCGCUACUCACUGGGCCUCAAUUCUUGAAAGUAUUCAUGAUAUCCAAGGCAUUCUCCGAAUUGAGACGGAUGAGCCUCCUACUCCUUCACCUCCACCGCUGAAGGACACCGCGGAUAGCACGGAUAUUCUCUUCGGCAAGUUGGUACCCAUAACUCUCUCGCAGGCUGUUACACGAUUACCGCCAAAAUCCAAGACAGAUGCGCUCAUCUUGGUUUACUUCCGCCACAAGUUUAUGACUGCCCCGUACAUUCAUACUACGAAAUUUCAACGAGAGUACGAUGCUUUCUGGGAUGAUCCGUCUUCCAUUAGCUUAUUGUGGCUGAGCUGCCUUGCUUCUAUGCUAUGGGUCGCUGCGUCGAUAACUAUCAUGAGAGGCGAAAGCGACGAAUCUGUAGCAACGCUCCCGGACAAGCUGAGGGCACUAUCAACUGAGUGUCUCGUAUCGGGGGAUUACCUAUCUGCUGGGCCUUAUUCCAUUGAAGCACUUCUAUUACACAGCUAUACGGAAUUGCAAAGGAACAGAGAAAUUGACUCUAGCUUGUGGGCUAAAUUCGGACUUGUCGCCCGACUUGCUCAACGUAUGGGAUAUCAUAGAGAUCCCAAAUACCUUUCUAACAUCACGCCCUUUGAGGGUGAACUCCGUAGGCGAGCAUUCUUUUUCAUUGAGGUUUUCGAUGUCCUCUUCUCGUUUCAGCUAGGCAUGCCUCCGAUCAUCCGUGACGACGAGUGUGAUACCGAAUCGCCUAGCAAUCUAUUUGAUUCCGACUUUGACGAGAAUGUUAUGACUCUACCUCCAUCGCGACCCGCUACUGAGCCCACUUCCACUUUGUAUUUAUGUCACAAAUCAAAGCUGUGCCGAUUACUACGCCGGGUGAUUCGCUUUGCACUAUCAAUCCAUCCUCCUCCAUACGAAGAAGUUUGCAAGUUGGAUGAUGAACUCCAUCAGUACCGCGAGCACGUCCCUCCUUCAUUACAAAUAAAACCAAUACGCUCAUAUAGCUUUACGGACCAGACAUAUGAUAUUAUGCAUCGACUUAUGUUGGAAUUGAUGUACCUCAAGAGCCUUUGCGUUCUACACCGCCCAUAUCUUAAUCGUGAGAAGGACAACCCCGCAUAUGAUCGGUCACGGAAUACAUGUCGAGAUGCAGCUCUUAGGAUUCUUGACCUACACGCCGAGUAUGAGGAGGAGAGCAGGCCUGGUGGCCGAAUAUAUGAAGAUAAAUAUAUGCUCUCAGCCCUAACACUCCACGACUUUUUAAUUGCGUCGAUGAUAUUAUGUCUGGAUCUUACGGAGAAUCUGCCGAGCAGCCCAGUAGAUCGAUCGAGAAAGCUGAAGGCUCUAGGGACGUCUUACAAGAUGUGGGCUGAGAGAAGGCAAACUUCCAGGGAUGCAGCGCAUGCUACCCGGGUUGUGGGUGCCAUUCUCCGGAAAGUAUCAAUGCAGGAUUCUGCCGUUACUCGCUCGCCACCGCCGCCGCCACCAAGGCCAGAAGUUCGGGACGGUUCGCUAGCUAGCUUGUUGAACAAUGAUGUUCAGCCAGCUCCAGCGCCGUCACCCCCGUUCGAUCAUAUAAUACCAUCUUUUGAUUUCUCUUUAGAAUUUGCUAAUAAUGCGCCGCUUGAUAUUGUAUUGAAUGGCAAUAACACAAUUGACUGGAGCGCAAUCGACCAGUUCCUGCUAGACAGGGACGACGGCGGAUUUAAAUCUGUCCUUAGAUACCGGCUCGGGAAGCGCUGUUACUACUAUUCAGAUUUAUACUAG